AUGGGUCAACAAAACUAUAGUUUUGUUGAAGAUUUGAAUCCCACAAGAGAUUUCUGGAACAUUAAGAUUCGUGUAAUCAAGAAGUGGUGCCAAAGCUGGAGGCUUGAUCUAAUCGCCAUUGAUGAAAGGGGUCAAAAGAUUAAGAUGUUUGUCAAGGACAUCUUGAUUCCUCAAUUUCUGGAAAAACUCCAAGAAGAUGGAGUUUACAUUAUCAGGAGGUGUGGUGUUGGUGAACAAGCUGACAAGUAUCCUGUGCUUCCUCUUAAAAAGAAAAUCAACUUCUACCGUUGUACUGAAGUAGAACCUACUUGUGGCUUUCAAGGUCACCCUUAUGGUUUUCAGUUCAAAAAGUUUGAAGAGAUUGAUAUGGAGUUGUCUCAAUCUGCGUUAACAGUUGAUGUUAUUGGAAACGUCGUAUGGUGUGGAGACUUGGAUAUUUUCAAAGGGAAAUCUGGUAAAGACACCAAGAGGCUUCAUUUGGAUCUUCAAGAUUUGUAUGGUAAGGUUUUGCGAUGCACUUUAUGGGCUGAUUAUGCUGUUCAAGUGAGCAAUUAUAUCAGUAACCAUAAGGGAGAAGAAAGUGUGAUAGCAAUUCUGCAACAUGCAAAAAUCAAAUAUUGGAGUAAUUCUAUCAGUGUUCAGAAUGAUAUGUAUGGUACCCGAGUUUUUCUUGAUGAUGAAAUUGAAGAAAUGAAUACUUUUCAUAGGAGCCUUAUACUGAUGCAAAAUGGAAAUGGUAAUUCUCAAAGCCAUUUGACCAUUCAGACCAAUUAUCCCGUUCGUAAUGAAUUUAUCACUAAUGGUGUGAGGAAAAUUGUCGAGGAGAUUCGUGAGUUGCCGAUGUGGACUGAAAACAUUGACCUUAACACUGACAUUCCCAAAGUUGAGUGUGUUGUUCUUGCCUACAUUAGGCUCUUGGAGGAAGAACACAGUUGGUUUUAUGUAGCACAUCGAACCUGUAAGAAGAAAGUGAAGACUAAAGUUGAGUUUCUCAAGAUUGCUGAUAACAUAACAGAGAACUGCAGAAUGCACCGUCUAAUAGCUUGUGGUGUGAUAAGUGCAUGUGCCAAGCGACAUCCGUCAUUCCAAAAUUCAGGAUCCAAUUUAGGGUCCAAGAUGCGACUGGUAUCACUUCAUUUAUGAUGUUUGACCAAGAUGUUGCUCGCCUUUUGAACGUGUCUGCAAACUAUAUUCGUGAUCGUCAAGUUCAGUCUGAGAAUCCCAAUGGUUUCCCUCAUGAAUUGGAUGCUCUUGUGAAUCGUAUGCUUGCGUUUAAGAUUGUCGUUAA